CAAUUUCAUUUUUUUUUCUUGUAAUUUUUGUUUAAAUGAUAAAUAUCGAUGGAUAAUUUUAAUGAUGAAAAUUUUAUAUCGAUUGAUCAAUCAAUCAACAGGAUUAUCGAUGAAGAUGAGCAACAAUUAUUUAGUGAUACAGUUUUACAGAUUCAUAAAGAUAUCGAAAAUUUAUUAUCCGAUAAUAUGGAUGGUAAUGAUAAUAAUGAUGAUGUUAAUCAGAAACAAAAAUUAAAUGAUAAUCUUAAUGAUGAUGAUGAUGAUAAUAAAAAUGAUAUUUAUUCACAUAAUACGUUACGAUGGUUAGAUCAAUUGAUUCAAAAUAAAUCAUCAACAUCACGAUUAAGUAUUUGGAGUAAAGAUCCAAAUGUUAUUGAACAUAUGAAGAAAUUCGAAAAUAAUAAUAAUAACAACAACAACCACAAUGAUAAUAAUAAUAGUGAUGACAUCAAUGAAUCUGUUCAGCAGCAACAACAUCAACAGCAAUUUUCACAACCGAUUCUAAACCAAAACCAAAUGAACGAUAAUAUUCCUAAUCAAAUGAAUAAUAAUGAUGAUGAUGAUGAUCAUAAACCACAACAACAACAACAACAGCAACAAGAAUCAAAUGAACAUUUGAAUCAAUUUAAUUUUAUUAUGAAUUGUAUGAAAUUAUCACGAUUGGAGAAUGAUAAACGUAUUGAUUCAAUAAAUACUAAUCAUGGUAGUGAUAUUAUCACUAAUAAUAAUGAUGAUGAUACAAAUGAUCCAAAGAUCCAUUAG